AUGAUUCUUCAUCCUAUCAAAUUCGCCCUUGCGGCUGCUUUAGCUUUUGGGUCUACCUCAGCGACCAAAGACAUCUACGACUAUGUCAUCGUGGGAUCGGGCCCUGGUGGUGGUUCUCUUGCCGCCAAUCUCGCAAAAGAGGGACACUCGGUCUUUCUGAUUGAAGCUGGAGGUGAUAAUUCUACCAGCCUUCUUCAAUCACUCCCAUUGCUUGCUAGAACCGCAGCAGAGACUCCAGGCCACUCUUGGCAGUUCUUUGUCCAGCACUACGACGACUUUGAAGCAGCCCGCCGUGAUCCCAAGUACACUUAUAUCCAGACCAACGGAUCCUACUAUGUUGGUCUUGAUCCCCCAGAGGGAGCCAAGCCUGCCGGUUUGUACUACCCUCGUGGGUCUACACUCGGAGGUAGUGCUCAGGUUAAUGCUAUGAACUUUAUCUGGUCCCCCGACAAUGAAUGGGAUUACAUUGCAAACCUCACCGGCGAUGAGACUUGGGGACAUGAGCAUAUGAGACGACAUUUAAUGAACAUCGAGAACUGCACUUACGUACCUGAGGGUACCCCCGGACAUGGCUUCGACGGUUACCUUAUCAACGACCUGAGUAACGCCACUAUUCAACUCGGAGAACCCAAUGUCGCCAACAUGUUCCAGCAAAUGUUCAAGCAGACUGAAGAUAUCGACGUCGAAUCUACUGACGAGAUGAGAGAGCUCUUCCGCCGAGACAUCAAUGGCGCUGAUCCUGACCGCUACAAGGAUGGUUCUCUGUACAGCACUCCCUCAGCAAUUGACCCCAGCACCGGUGCUAGAAGCGGUGCUGGUAUCUACAUCAACGAGGUCAUCGAUGCAGGACACCCCUUGACGGUCAGCUUCCACUCUCUUGCCACAAAGGUCCUCCUCAAGCAAUCCCGCCACGGUGAAAAGCCCAAGGCCUUUGGUGUCGAGUACAUGGUCGGUGAAGGUCUUUACUCUGCUGAUGGCCGCUACGACCCUGAGCAGACUGGUGAAACAAAGAAAGUUUUUGCCAAGCACGAAGUCAUUGUUUCUGGCGGUGCUUUCAACACUCCUCAGAUUCUCAUGCUUAGCGGCAUCGGCCCACGAGAGGAACUUGAGGCUUGGGAUAUCCCUGUCGUGGUUGAUCUUCCUGCUGUCGGUUCCAACCUUCACGAUAAUUACGAAGUCCCCGUUCAGAUGCAGGCUGAACAGGACUGGUACACACCUGUUGAGAACUCCCCUUGCACCGGCACAUACGAUGAUGAAGACCCGUGCUUCGUCGAAUGGCGAGACAACGCUGCUGGACCAUACGCCUCUCGCGACAGUGGCUACGGAGCUCUUUGGAAGUCCAGUCAGAGUUGGGAUGAGGAUUCAGACCUCAUGUUCUUGAGCGGUAUCGGUUUGGCUGGUCUCACUGGUUUCUAUCCCGGUUACUCCAGAGGUGAACUCUCCAGCGUCGACCCCGCGUUCUGGAUGCACGCCGUCGUCAAGAUGCAAACCAGCAACAGUGCAGGAACUGUCCGUCUCAACUCAUCAGACCCUCGUAUCAGGCCCAACAUCAACUUCAACUACUUCUCUGAGUCUGCUGAGCGCGAUAUUGACGCUAUUGCUGAGGGUAUCGCAAUGCUCCGACGCGCUUUCGACGCAACUGGUAUUCCCUACAAGCAGUUGAGCCCUGACCCUGAGAACGAGAGACAGGGGAUCAAGGACACAGCCUUCAGUCACCACGCUUCUUCGACUUGUACUAUUGGACCUGAUGAUGGUGAUUCUUGUGUUGAUUCUAGGUUCCGUGUUCGUGGUGUUGAUAAGCUGAGAGUUGUGGAUGCUUCGGUUUUCCCACGAAGCCCUGGUGCUAUGCCUAACGGACCUACUUGGACCAUCUCUCGCAAGGCUUUUGAAACUCUUUUGGAGGAUAACCAUAAGAAGGACAGUUACGAGAAGCAGGACGAGAAGAAGUACGACGAGAAGAAGGACAGCGACUGGGAAUGA